AUGUCGCUGCCCAAGCGCAUCAUCAAGGAGACGGAGCGCCUCGUCGCCGACCCGGCGCCCGGCAUCGUCGCCGAGCCGCACGAGGACAACCUGCGCUACUUCGACGUCAUCAUCGACGGGCCCGGCCAGAGCCCGUUUGAGGGCGGCAAGUUCAAGCUCGAGCUCUUCCUGCCGGAGGAGUACCCCAUGGCGCCGCCAAAGGUGCGCUUCCUCACCAAGAUCUACCACCCCAACAUCGACAAGCUUGGCCGCAUCUGCCUCGACAUUCUCAAGGACAAGUGGUCGCCGGCACUGCAGAUCCGCACCGUGCUGCUCUCCAUUCAGGCGCUCCUGUCUGCGCCAAACCCGGACGACCCGCUGGCCAACGACGUGGCGGAGCACUACAAGACGGACGAGAAGGCGGCGAUCGAGGAGAGCCGCAAGUGGACACGGCAGUACGCCGUCUAG